AUGAUCUGCCAACUCGCCUUGUGGUUGACCCUGUUCAGCUGGACCAUCUCUGGCGACGCUGGUGUUGGAGCCGUGCUUGAGGCCAGGGCACCUCCGCCGCUGCCCAGCGCAGACGACUUCUACAAAGUCCCCGACAACUUGGACUCGUAUGCCCCCGGAGCCAUUAUCCGGCACCGGCCGCCUCCAAACCCCAUUGCGGUAGCCGGGUUGAUACAUUCCCAGAAUCAGUAUCCCGUCCAUGUCGAUGCGAGCUACCAGCUCCUCUACCGGACCACGGAUAGUCUCAACAACGCCACGGCCACGGUGCUCACCGUCCUCGUCCCGCGCAACGCCAACUUCAACAAGGUCCUCUCGUACCAAGCAGUAGACGAUGCUUCCAACAUCGACUGCGCGCCGUCGUACGCGUUCCAGCUGGACUCGGGCCCGUCCGUCGCCCAGGGCGAGGUGCUGCUCGUCGAGGCCGCCCUCGAGCAGGGCUGGGUCGUCAUCGUCCCCGACUACCUCGGGCCCAAGGGCGCGUUCCUGGCCAACGUGCUCGCGGGCCAGGCCGUGCUGGACGGCAUCCGCGCCGCCCGCAACUCGGGCGCCAUCACGGGCAUCGGCAAGAACCCGACGGUCACGCUGUGGGGGUACUCGGGCGGCAGCCUGGCGACCCUGUUCGCCGCGGAGCUGCAGCCCUCGUACGCGCCCGAGGUGGUCAUUGCCGGCGCGGCGGCGGGCGGCGCCGUGCCCAACAUCACCACCGUGCUGGGCAAGGUCGACGGCACCGGCGCCGCCGGCCUCAUCCCCGCCGGCAUCCUCGGCCUCGCCCACCAGUACCCCGAGGUCGACGCCCUCAUCCAAAAGCACGUCCUGCCCCAGCACAAGGACGAGUUCUACAAGGCCGACAAGCUGUGCCUGCUGGGCAACAUUAACGAGUUCAGCGGCAAGAACUUGAGCCAGUUUGUCGACGACCCCUCGCUGCUCUAUGCCAAUCCCACCGUGGUCAGGAUCGCGGGCGAAAACGACCUAGGGCAGCACGCCCCCAAGGCGCCGCUGCUCGUGUACAAGGCCACCAAGGACGAGGUGAGCCCCGUGGCGGAAACCGACGCCCUCGUCGACUGGUACUGCAAGCAAGGCACGACGGUCCAGUACCUGCGGGACGAGAGCACCGACCACGAGUCGUUGGCUGUUACGGGUGCGCCCAAGGCGCUGGCCUGGCUGAGGGGGAGGAUGAAUGGCGAGGACCGCCAGACCGCCUGUGAGACCAAGACCGUCUACUCUGUCUUGUUGGAUUUCGGGGCCCUGGCCAUUCUGCCCAAGGUCCUUCUUGACGCGUUCCUGGACGUGAUAGGGAAGCGCGUAGGGCCGUUUAUUAAAUGGUGA